AUGAAGACAAAGUUUGGGGUCACGAGCGUCAGCAAUGGGGGGGAGGCCUUGUCUCUGUUUGGAAACCCGCGAAUCAUCCGCAUUCGACUCGCUUCCAAGGUCAACCGCGCAACCUGGAAAGGUGGCGCUUUCACAGUCGGAAGUGCUCGAUGCUUUUCAUACAACGGGAUUGCACGAAAGACUAUGCGGAAACGGGCCGACGGCACGACCGUCGUUAGUGAUUCAUCGUCUGGAGGCGUCGAAGACAAGAUAGUUUACUUUCUGAUCGCCGUGGUGAGGCUGCGGAACCCCGGUGAGGAUGGAGACUAUGCCCGCCUGUACGACAUUGAGUCACGCAACAUCCUUCCCACCGGAAACCAAGAGCAUAUAGACACGUUCAACAACAAAUUAACCAUAAACUGCAUACGGCAUGGGCUGGAGAUUGGAGACCAGAUCUCCGACCACGAUCCUAUGGGCGAGAGACAAAUGGAAGGUCUCUGGCAGAAGAGAAACGUCCUUCGGAACCUGCCCGAGCAGCACACCACUAAUGCGAUACGAACUACCCCUGCAGUGCCUGUAGAGCGUGUUCCAGAACAGACCAUUCCUCAUGGAAGGAAGUCGAAUACGCCACCAAUUAGCUUGCAACCACCAGCUGCACGUCCCGCUGACGGGUUUCCUAUCCCACCGCACCCGCCGAACGGGCCUCGCGUUGACAGAGGAGUCAAGAGGGGAAUGAACCCCGACGAAAAGAUCGGACAUGAUGACUCCAAGAGACCCAAGUUGACCGACGGUGAUGCGCUGCCCCGGGGUGGUGCCAUGGCGCCACCGUCUCACCAGGGCAGAUGCUCAGGGUGCCUCCGACAAUAG